CAAUGGGCGAAAGCGGAGAUGAUCAGUCUCUCCCCUGAUAUUUACUUCUUUUGUUUAAGUCUUCGAUUACAACAAUGAAUGUCAGGCUAUUCCUGAUAUUUGUGGUAAUGAUAUGCGCCAUGCACCAAGGGCCUGCUGUAUAUCGGGACCUUACUUGCGUGGAGCCCGAGCAAGGAUAUGCCAAAAGAUUGUUUUAUUAUUUCACCGCAAGUGAAAUUGAGAAAGUCUGUCCAACGGUUACCGAUCUGACAUGGCGAAUUGGAUAUAAGGUAAUCUUUAAUCUGCUGUGUGUGCUCCCUACCCUGCUGUUGGGCCAUGCGCCGUCGGUCGGAAAAGUCAUCAAAGAGAAAUGGUCAGCCGCCGUGUCAAUGUUCCAAGAAUGGAGAGCUCGUCUUCCCCUCUGUCGUCACUGUGGUACUGCCCCGUGUCAGGUUAAAAGGAGAUCCUUGUGGAAGCCCUCCGGUACUCGUAAGAAAGACAAGGCAAAUUUCGCGAAGAGAUCCAACGCCAUGAUGUUGUUUUACUGGACUAGAGUUGUCAGUGGUACUCACCAAAGAGUUGCCGUGGAAUAAUCUGUACUCGGAGAGGAAGUUCGUCCAGCAUUUUGAGGAGGAGCAUAUGGUAUUGUUCCCAGUGUGCAUCCAGCGUCAGAUUAACUACUGGUACCCUGUCUAGAUUCGUUGCGACGUUUAGAGAGAAAAAUGUGGAUGGCAGUCGGUGAUGGAAUAGAUGUGUGAUGAUUGACGUCACAGCCUCGUUUUGGGGGGUCACGGUCCGAUCCGAUUGGAAUGGUGUUUGACCAAUGCUUCAUAGAUUGUACCUUAUAUUUGUUGAAUUGAAUUGAAACUCUGUGGAUCUUGGUCACUAGUGGUCCCAUGAAGAACUAUAUCGAUACCUCAUGAAUUAGCAGUUUAGAUCUUAGCUAGUGUUGACCAGCUGUGGUCCUAUUUAUAUAUUUCGAUGGUGUUGAAUUGCUUGAUUGGUCAGUUGCUAACAGUUUACUAUUGGCCAUUAUGUGAUUUGAGAAGUUGUGGAGCCGGAAUUUGACCAUGACCAUGUAGCUUUGGUCACUUUGAAGUCAGUUCAUCUUGACUGAAAGGAUUUUCAUGAAAAAAAGUGUCUUGCGUUUGUUGAUUUGGUACAUGUCAGUUCUAUCAGUGUUUAUGUCGACCUGUAAUUGGCCACCGUAGAUGUUUCCAACAUUUGGAUACUUGAUCUUUCGUUGUAAGCGAUGUUCGAGUUUUUGCCGACAUUUGCCAAAUAUAUUAUAUAUAGGUCAGUUAAAACCACUAGUGGUUUCACGCUGGUUGCGGCUAUUUUUUUCGGAAGUUUCUAACUAACUCUCACAGAUCUUGACAGCUAGUGGUACCUCGUAUAUUUAAGAUGUGCUUGGUAUUUUCGCUCAUCAAAAUGAACUGAUUCUGCAAUGACCACUAAUGGUCUGAGGUGUUAUCGUGGUCAGUUAUACAUUCAAUCAAGCUGAUCACUAGGUGGUGUGGAAUUACCAACAUGCAAAGUUUUGUUCGUUUUGUAUUGGUCAGUUUUGUUCUGGCGAAUAUAAUGUAGUAACAGUCAUGUGAUCAAUAAACU